AUGGAGGAGGCGCGGAGAGGCAGCCCCGCACCUUCGCACGCGAAGGAAGAUGAGGACGCCGGAAAGACCAGCAAAAUCGAGACAAUUGGUGAAAAAAUCGACAGCAGACAUGGGGGCGACGACCGGGCCUCGCCGAAUGGCAAAGCCGAAAAUGGAACAGAACGGCGCAAGGACGAUCGCGAGCGACGGGAUCGCAAGGAUAGGUCGGGCGACAAGGAUAAAGAUCGGGACAGGGACAGAGAUCGCAAAAGGCGAAGCAGAAGCCGCGAG